CUGAACACAGGGGAGGAGGAGGAGGAUAGGGGAGUGUGUUUUGGUGCAGCCUGGAAAGUUAAUAUAAGCUACAUCAUCCUGUACAGGUCUGGCUCUAAAACUGAACUAGAGAUCUUUUCUCAGUCUAGCGCAGCAUGGAAAACAUCAGCCCUCCCAUCAUGUUUGAUUUCAGAAUGGGUGGCAGUGGAAGUAUGGUGACUCCUGGAAAAAAGCCAGCAGGUGAGACUUCAAACUCCAACAAGAAAUGCAAGCGGUAUUUCAAUGAGCACUGGAAGGAAGAGUUCACCUGGCUGGAGUUUGACUAUGAACGCAAGCUGAUGUUUUGUGUUGAGUGCCGUCAGGCCCUUGUGAAGAACAAACAUGGCAAGGCCGAGAAUGCCUUUACUGUAGGUACAGACAAUUUUCAACGACAUGCACUUUUACGUCAUGUGACCUCUGGCGCCCACAAGCAAGCACUUGCUGUAAAUAGGGAGCAAUUGGCAAUGGAAUUACAGUUUCACCAAGAGCUGAAGUCUGUUAUCAAAGCUGAGAUGGAUCCAUCCAAGAUAGCUAUCCUGACCACUGUCUACUGGAUGGCUAAAGAGAGCAUCUCCAGCAAGAAACUGUCCUCUUUGCUAGAGCUGCAGAAAUUCAAUCUAUGUGAAGCAUUGUUGUCUUCUGAGCAAAAUGAGUAUUACCACUCAAGCAGUGUGAGAGAAAUGCAGGCAGCCAUUGUUAAAGUACUACAUAAUGAAGAUCGGAGCAGAUUGAAAGAAUCCCCUUUCAUUGGAUUGGUGUUUGAUGAGACCGUGGAUAUAACAGAACAUCACAGUCUUGUAGUGUUCACAACAUCUAUUACGCCAUGUGAUGGAAAACUAUACAUCACAUUCCUGGGCAGAUUUAAGUUAUGUUCAGGGGAAGCAAAACCUGUUGUUGAAAAAGUAGUUGAGAUAUUAAGUGACUUUCAGAUUUCUCUUAAGAAAGUGGCUUGGUUUAGCUCUGAUGGCUCUUCACUGAUAACAGACAGGCAGAAUGGUGUUGGAGAGAAACUAAAGACCCUUUGCCCACUUCUGACAGAACUUCAUUGCAUUUCACACAGAAGAUCAUUGCUUCCAACUGAAAAUUUUGUCAGCGUUGAUUAUGGUAGGAAAUAUGAGAGUGUCAUGGAUGCAGUGUAUAGACUGUAUGGCAAUAAAACUGGAGAUGCUCCUAGUUUUCAAGAGUUACGUAAUGUUAUCAUUGCUUGUGGCAUAGACUUAAAUUGUCCAGAAACAAUUCACUGGACAGCUAUAUUGUCGGCUGUUGAAACCAUUGACUCUUCAUGGCCAACUUUAGUUCUUUUACUUGAAAAUGAAUCAGCAAAAUCACCUAUAGCUAAUGGAUUAUGCUUAGAGCUGAAAACAUUCUGGUUUGUGGCUUUUACUAAGCUCCUUCUGGACAUUCUACCCAUCUUCCAAAAACUUAACCAGUUUUUCCAAAUUGAGGAGCUAGAUAUAUCAAUGGUAAAUCCAAUAGUAUUAGCCUCACAGGCCACCCUGCAGGCACAAAAGUCCACUAAUGGCCAGAAUUUUCAAGAGUUCCUUAAUGAACUGAAUGAGCAUCCCGAUGAUGACAAUGGAAGCAGGUUCUACUACAAAGGAGUAGAAUUAGUUGACUGUUCCAAAGUUCAUUUGAAAGGUUUUGAGCUCAUAAAAGAAGCCUGUCUUGACAGUGUCUGCAAGAGCCUCCUGGAUCGCUUCCCUGGCAAUGUUCUUAAGGUGAUAAGCUCCCUUUCAAUUAUUUUUAACCCAAAGUGUUACCCUUCCUCCCUGGAUGAUAUUGGUGUUUAUGGGGAGAUUGAGCUUAGACAUCUCCUGCAGAAUUUUUCAAAUGUGCUGGUUCCAGAACGAGCGUUAAAUGACUUUGCCCUCUUCAAGCGUAUUGUGUUCAGCCUCAAUCACCUGACAUUUCGAGAUCUUUGUAUAAAGCUAGUCCACAACAACUCUGAGAUGCAUGAGUUGUUUCCAGACUUCACUGUUUUGGCAGCUGUGUCCUUAGUCAUGCCACUUGGAACGACUGUUUUUGAAAAGAUAAAUCGUGCCAAGGAGCUGUGGAAAAAAUGUCACCUGGAAGGUACAGUUGAAGGUGACGUCAGUGAUGCUCUAAAAAUCAGCAUUGAUAGCCCUUCCCUAAAUGAAUUAGACUUUGCCAAAUUAAUUGACUUCUUUGAAAACACAAGACAAUCAGAGGAUAAGUGACAGUAUCGAAAUGGAAGAGGUAGUACCAGGA